CUGAUUGACAAAGCAGUAGUUUGCUACCACUUUCUGAUAACAACAAAGAUAACAGUUGAUGGAGGUAUUGCAUUAGAACAGUUUUCAUCAGUGCAGUAAAGGGGAAAAUAUAUAACUGUUGUGUGACUAAAAAAAAAAUAAGAAGAAUGGAUUUUUCUGAAAAAUUGCCAAAGAAGGAGGAAAAAUCAUCACACUCGUGUGAUAUCUGUCAUAAGACAUUUUCUCUGAAGGGUAACCUUACUCAUCAUAAACUGAUUCACAGAAAGAGACCACAUUAUUGUGAUACCUGUGGUAAAUUGUUUUCUCAAAUGCAUUUAUUAACCACUCACAAACUCGUUCAUUCUGGAGAAAGACCAUAUGAAUGUGGUAUCUGCACUAAAUCAUUCUCUGACAGACACAGCUUAGCCAAACACAUAGAUAUUCAUACAGGUGAAAAGCCAUAUCGCUGUGAUAUCUGUGGUAAAUCAUUCUUGCGUAAGCAUUCCUUAGUUGUUCACAAACAGGUCCAUACUGGAGAAAAGCCACAUGCCUGUGACAUCUGUGGUAAAUCUUUCUCUCGAGUACAUCAUUUGGUUACUCACAAAAACUUCCAUAUGGGAGAAAGGCCGUAUACCUGUAAUAUUUGUGGUCAGUCAUUCACAUUAAAAAGUCACUUAGAAGGUCACAAACGUACUCACACAGGUGAAAAACCAUAUCGCUGUGAUAUCUGUGGUAAAUCAUUCACUCGAAGUGACAGCCUGACUUGCCACAUUCGUGUUCAUACAGGUGAGAAACCCUUUCAGUGUAAUAUUUGUGGUGAGUCAUUCUCUGAAAGGGGCAAUUUAGCUAAACACAAAUACCUUCAUACAGGUGAGAAACUGUAUCACUGUGAUAUCUGUGGAAAAUCAUUCUUUCAAAAAGUACACUUAAAAUCUCACUUACUUAUUCACACUGGGGAGAAACCAUAUCCCUGUAAAAUCUGUGGUAAAUCAUUCACAAGUGGAAGUACAUUAACUGUUCACCAUAAACGUGUUCAUACAGGUACAUAAAUAUAUCACUGUGAUGUUUGUGCUAAACCAUUCUCCUAUGGUCAUGUUUUAAAUACACACAAUUGUAUUCAAAAUG